UUACUUGAUUAUUUCCAGUCGCGACAGACACGUAGAUAGCUCAGUCCUUAUCCAGUUGAAUAUUGUUUGGAAUCGGUGGAAAAGUACUCUGAAGGCAAGAUCUAUAAGAGUGAGCCUGAACCAAGGAAUGGCAAAUUAUAGUGAUCAGUUGCAUGUGCUUGGGUUUGUAGAUCACGUCAUACAACAUUUGAAGGAAAAUUUUGUGAAUGGCAAGGUAAGCAAAGCUAAAUGCUUAGUCCAAGAUGCUGUUGUGUUAGCUCAGAACAGAAGUUUAAUCCAUCACGUGGGUUCUUCCUCCUAUGCUAAGGACCCAUUCAUUCACAAGGACACAAGAGAUGUGUUUAGACGGCUCUUUGGAGAACCCUCAGAAAAGGAUGCUGCAUUAAAGGCUAUGUGUUUGUUUCCACUGUAUGUGAAGUUUGGAGGUGCUGUUUGUCGCUAUUUAAGGCGUUGGCUAGAAGCAGGAAAACUAGAUGAACCUGGUGUUACUUCCUUAACACCUUUGCCAACUCUGCAGAAGGGUAGCUCAGUUUCUUCUAGUUCAGAAUCAAAACAAACCACCAGUACAAAAGAGAACAAUACUACAGCUGUCUCUCAAUCUGUGACCAAAGCUUUGCCGUCCAGUGAGCCCAAACCAACCAAAGGCCCUUCGGUUACGUUGGCUACUAUGAACAGAAAUGGUGGGUUGGAAAUCUUGGGUAGCUCAGACGAUGAUGACAACGACAAUGAUGACGAUGAGGAGGAGGAUAGCUGGGAAACAAAAGUCAUCCGUGGAAUACAAUCUGUGCUCACUGACAGGGCGGGUCCAUCUGCCAUUGACUACAUGGAAGUUUAUAAACGGCAUAAAGAUGGCUCCUACAGGCGACUAAGGGAUCAGCUUCAUCUUGGCAAGCCACACCCUAAUCAAGAAUUUGAAGAGAGGUGCAGGAAAAAGGAAGAGGAAGUGAUCGAGGGCAAUCGGCUCCAUGAAGUGAUUCUAAAAGACUAUGCUGAAAGUGGCAGGAAAAAGCAUGCCUGUGCAAACUGUAGGCAGGUUGAGAGAUAUGCAGGAACGUUCAAGAAAUGCCAGAGGUGCAAAGGGAAAGGAACAAAAUUUUACUGCAGUCGUAAAUGUCAAAGUGAAGACUGGGUUUGCAGGCAUAGAAUGCAGCAUUCUACUGUGGAGUUACCAUCAUAGGAGAAGCUACUGAAUUGCUGAUGAUUCCAGUCUAUGUUACACACAUGUGGAAUCUGACCGAUUGUCUGCUCUUACAGAGAGAAAAAAAUAACCAAAUAAUUUGCAAUGUUGUGGCUAAAGUAGGUACAUAGGCAAGUUUGUAAAUCUCAGAAAGUUGUCAUCAUUAACUGAGUUUUGUGAAUGUUUAGUGUCAAAGUCUGAAGUAAAACUUCCGCAAGACAAUGCAUGUCAGAAUUGAGAUGCAC